CCCCGAAACGUCAACAAAGUGCAAAGAAGAAAAAAGUGGUUCGCGAAAUUUCACUCUCUUCGUCAGCAGAUCAUUGGUUUCGCUUUUACGAGUAACUUUUCCUUUGAAACUUCCGUGUCACGCUAACGCAUUUACCAUGCACUAAUCUGUCUCCUUCCGGAAUCAAUAAAUUUCUCCUGUGAUAAAUCAGUGCAAUCCGCCGAAAAAUGGAUCCGCCUUCUUCUACGUCGUCAGAACAGGAUUCCGGAGCGAAAAAGGCCAGCCCUUUUGAUAAUCUUGGCAGGGAUGACCUGGUUAAGAAAUGCCGUGGCCUUUUGGGAAUAGCUCAGAAGGCCAAACAAGCAAAAGAUGAAUGUCAGGAGGAAAAUCGAAAGCUAAAAGAACAGUUGGCUCUGGCUGAAACGCAGAAAACAGCCGACAAAGAAUGUCUCCGGGCUAUGCAGGAGGUAGUAGAAUCGCUGACCCAACAAAAGCUGCAGGCCGCCAUGAAGGUCGAUGAGCUGGAAAAAUCUCUAUCAGGCCUUCGCAGAGAGCUCGAUGGCGCUGCACUGCUGCGGGAGCAGCUGGAAAAGAUAUCUGUGGAAAACGAGGCUUUCAAAAGGCAAAUUGAUCGACUGACAGAGGAAAACGAGGAACUCUUAGGUGCAAUUACCGGCAUGGAAGGAAAGCUCAAAUCUUCCGAACAAGAGCAGCAAAGCUUAGCCCAGAGCAAAAUUACACUUGAGCAAGAAUUGGAAAAGGCUAGAAGUGAAUCCAACCCAUCCGGAAAGGAAGAAAAGCUAAUCCGUAAACUAAAGCUGUACAAAAAUAAAGUACAGGAAAUCUCCGCAAAAGUACUGCUGUUGAAAUCGGAUCGAAAAAUUCUUCUUAAAACGGUCAAAGAGUACUCGGAACAAGUUCCCAAGUGGCAAAAAGAGUUGGUGAAUGCCUCUAGCGUGCUCUUUGCCAAAACCCGGCAGUUUGAAAAGGAAAACGGUUCGCUAAAAGAACGUUGUGCGCAAUAUGAACGAGACUUGGAAGAGUUGCGAGGUGGCAAAUCUAACGAAGAUGAAUCCAAGAAUGCGCUUGAAGUACUCCAGGUGCAAUUCGAAACACUUCAGCUGAGCCAACAAUCGUUGAGCGACGAGUUACAACAAGCGUUGGCAGAUAAGACAAGGCUGCAGAAACAACUGGAGAACUCACGAACGGGUUCUGAAGUGGUUGACUCCCAGAAGGCUAUCAAUGAAAACCUGCAAAAGCGAUUGACAGAAUUUGAAGACGAUUUAUCGAAGAAUUUAACAGAGCUAACCGAAAGUAAGAAACAGUUGGAGGAGCUUCAUAAAAGCAAUAGCAAACUAGAAGCACGUGCUAAAGACUAUGAAGAUAAGAUUCAACAACAUGUUUUGGAAAAGGACAAAUUGGAGGAAUCUUUUAAAACGCAAAAUGACAAACAUUCGCAACAGAUCGAUGCAAUCAACUUGAAACUACAACAAGAAGCUUCAGAAAAAGAGAGUCUUCAAAAACAGUUGGCUGAAUUGCAAACCAAAACACAAGAAACCUUACAAAAUGAAGCUGUGCAGGAGAACGAGUUCAGUAAGCAGCUUGAUGUUCUUGAAGCUCAAAUAGAAGCAAAAACGGAAGAACUCUCAGAUUGUAACCAAAAACUUCAAGAGACACGGAAUGAAAAGAUAUUGCUACAGCAAGAGCUAGGAAAAUCACAAAAAUGCAUUGAAGCUCUUAAUGUGCAACUUAUGCAAACCCAAGAAACCGUGAAGGCUAUGACUGAAGAUUUUGAAAAGCGGUUUGCAGAGGCACAGCAAAACCAGACAAGCCAACAAGAGCAAGAAUUGCUCAUUCAAAAACGACUGGAUGAGCUGCAACAAUUGUAUCAGAGCCAGGUCAGUGAGCUGCAAGCCGCAAAUGUGCAUUUUUCCGAGAUGAGCUCCAAAGCUGCUGCUUCGGAAGUGUUGGAUGAACACAACCGGAAGUUACGAGAAACUAUCGCAGAGCGAGACACUGAGCUAACUACUAUGCGAAAGUCACUGGAAGAGACAAGUGAUGCUCUGCAGUCGCUUCAAGUACAGCAUCAAGAACUCGCUCAACAAGGCACCACAACUAGAGAAGAACUGGGAUCGCUGCAGUCCAAGUUUGAGCUGGUCAAGUUGGAAAACAGUGAGCUGCUGUCCGAGCUGAAGGAGAUUAAUGAAAUUCUAAAGGAACGAGGUGGAGUGAUUUCCCUGCAGGUGUCGAAAAUAUCAGAGUUGGAAGCUGCGAAAGGAACCCUUCAGCAGAAGUUUACGGAACGAGAACUGCGAAUUGGUGAGCUGGAGCGUACUGUAACCGAGCGUGAUUUGGAGCUGAACGCUUUGCGGGAUCGCAACAUUGACACUCAGAGUGAUGUGAUGUCCACGUCCACGAUAUCUCGAGCUGAUGAAUCUGCUCGGAUGCGUGAUGUUGAUGAUAGCUUUGAGGAGAAGUACAUUAAAUUGCGGGCGUUGGCGGUGAAGUUGAAGAAGAAGGUGGCCGAGCAGACUAUUCAGUUGCAGCGUUACGAAAAGGAAGGCUUGGGGAAGAAUCUGCAAUCGUUGCAAGCCGAGAACGACAAGUUGCUGGAUCAGCUGGAAGGGGAACGAAAGAAUGUGGAGCAGCUGAAGCAGGAUAUUGAAACGCUGAACCAACUGCGAACGGAAGUCGACAGCAGCAAGAAGGACAAGUCUUCGCUGGAGAGUAGCAUUCGGGAGUAUCGCGAACAGGUGCAGAGUUUGAAGCGCGAGAAGGAGGCUUUCAAUAUGGCCAAGAAGGAAAUCGAUGCCGAAAAUCAGAAACUGAAGGUGGCGCUUAAGGCGAAGGAGAAGCAGUUGACAGACGAGCUGGAAGCGCAGAAGGAGCUGAAGGCUGAGGUGGAGCGGUCUCGAUUGGCGGCUAAAAAGGCGAACGUACUGAACCUGGAAAUGGAAGCGUACGAAAAGUCGUUGGCAGAGUUGAACAAAAAGUUGGAGGCGAAAAAAGACCAGGUGAAGGAACUGGAAAGUACGAUGGAAGUGCAGGAGGGGACCAUUAAAAGUUUGAAGAGUCAGAUUGCGUUGCUGGAUCAGAGUUUGGCUAGCGAGAGGAGUCAUUCGCAAGAGCUGAAGAAAAACGUAGACGUCCAGCAGGAGAAGCUUCGACUUAGUGAGCAUCAAAGAGGGGAGACUAAUGUGGAGCUGGCGCAACUGAAGAUGGAUUAUGAAAAGAUGAAGAUGGAAAUAGAGUCAAAUCGUGUAGAGCUGAGUGAAGCGAUUUCAGAGAAGGAAAAAGUAAGCAGUGGCUUGGAAACUGAGAAAAGUCGAUUGAUGAAGCAGGUUUACAGUCUGGAGAGUACUGUGGAUGAGUUGAAGGUCCAACUUAAAGAUCGGGAACAAGAAACCGAGGACGUGAAAGCUGAGUUUGCUAGCUACAAGAUUCGUGCACAGUCCGUGCUGAGACAAAAUCAGAGCAAAGAUUCUGGAAAAGAGGUUGAGCUACAGGAGGAGGUUCAGAACUUGCAAAAGGCGUUGGAUGUAACACAAACUAAACUGCAGAAUGCGUCGCAGCAGAUGGCCGAACUGACGAAAUCGUGCGAAGAGUUACGGUUUGACAAGACAAGACUGCAAUCGCGUUCGAAGGAGCUGCACGAUCUGCUGGAAGAAUCACGACUGCAGCAUGAAUCCCUGCUUGAGGAGAGCCGGCAAAUGAAUUUGAACCAUCAGGAAGCGCUUAAAACGCAACGGCUUCAAAAUGAAACACUCGUAAAUUGCUACAAAAAGCAGCUGGAUGAACUGCAAGAGAAACAUUCCUUAGAGUUGAGCGCGUUGCAAUCGCGGAUUGGUCACACAGGUCGAGAUCAUCCUGAGAACAACAACCACAUCCCGUCCCAGCACUCGUCACGCAUUUCCGACGAGCAGAAGAUCAACCUGCUUCUGAUGGAACGCGAAGAAGGUGAAGGAUCGGAGAGUACCAGCUCUCAAAAUACUGCCGUCGCCACGGCACGCCGCAAAGUGUCCACCUCUAGUCAACCCCGUGCGGCGAACCGCUCCACGCGGGAUCUGAUACCCCUGGACGAGCUGCUCAACUCGUCCUUUGACGAUACGGCAUCCGUCUUCGGAGAUCCCGCGGACGAUUCCUCCGUGCGGGCCAUCUCGCCCGGGCUAGAGCUGCAGCAGACCAAAGAACAGCUCGGCAAGCAGGAGAGCCGCGUGCGCCAUCUGACGGCACUGCUGGCCGAAGCCGAACAGGACCUGGCCAAGCUGAACCAGCUGAACGAGCUGCUCAAGGAGGAGGUUCGGCGCCAGGAGCGGUCGAUCGAGCGCGAGAAGCAUGCCCACAACUCGGAGUACUUGAAGAACGUUAUCUUUAAGUUCUUGACGUUAAAUAGCGGUGACGAAAAGUCACGUUUAGUUCCUGUGUUAAACACAAUCCUUAGGCUAAGUCCAGAUGAAACCCAAAAGUUGAAUAAUGUAGCGAAAGGUUCUGAAGGAGGAGUACGGGGAUGGACGGGCAUCCUUUGGAACUAAAAAUACUUAUAAACUUUACAGAGUUUUGCAAUUCCGUCGUGAAUGGCCAACGCCAAUUUAGAGUUAUUGGUUUGAUUCCUUACCAGAAUUUAAUACUAUUCCAUAUAAAAACACGUUAGUUUUAGCUAUAUCAACAGACUUUAAUAUAUUUUAUCGUGAUACAGUA